AUGUCUUUGACAUUCCUUUCUUUCAUUCCCAAUUUUACAUUGAAACCGCGUUUUUUAUUACUUUUGAUUCUUGUUUGUUUUAUGAUUUUAACAAAAGUUGAUUGUAUUGGUCAACAAAAUGAACUUGAUUUGAAUGGUGGCAAAUUCAUCAAACGAGCUCCUCCUUCAAUAUCUGAAAAUGGUCAACAUCAAACGAAUCCAACAACUGAUCAAUCAUCAAUAGAUAAGUCAUUAGGAGGACAACAAUCAAGUAACGACAAUACAUCAGUGGACAAUACAUCAAAAAAUGCAGGUACGGAUCAAUCAUCUUCUUCCCCUGAUUCAUCAAAUCCAGGAAAUAAUUCUCCAUCUCAUAUUCAUCAAAACGCUGCCGAAGCUACUCCAACUGAUAAUACACCUACUGCUGAUGCUUCACCAACGGAUCAAAAACCAUCAGGAAACAAUUCACCUCAUACUGAUUCUCCAACUGAUGCAGCCAAACCAACAGAUACUCCUACUGAUACUGGCAAACCGACUGAUACUGCUAAACCGACUGAUACUCCAACCGACACUGGCAAACAAACUGAAGCUCCUACUGAUACUGGUAAACCUACUGAUACUCCUACUGAUACUGGCAAACCUACUGAUACUCCAACAGACACUGGUAAACAGACUGGUUCUCCUACUGAUACUGGCAAACCUACUGAUACUCCUACUGAUACAGCUAAACCAACGGACACUGGUAAACCUACUGAUACUGGUAAACCUACUGAUACUGGUAAACCUACUGAUACUGGUAAACCUACUGAUACUGCUACUGAUACAGCGAAACCAACGGAUACUCCAACAGACACUGGUAAACCUACUGAUACUGCUACAGAUACAGCUAAACCAACGGAUACUCCUACUGAUACUGCUACUGAUACAGCCAAACCUACUGACACUGUUAGUCCUUCUGGAGAUACAACACAGUCUAAUAAACCAACAAUGACAGAGAAGCCUACUGAAUCACCUACUGAAACAGCCACUGGAUCACCUACUGAAUCACCCACCGAAACAGCCACUGGAUCAGUUACGGAAUCACCAACGGAAUCAUCACCAUCAGAAUCAAUGACAGCUACUGCAACAGAUUCAUCCAUAGAAUCAUCUACGGAAGCAACAAUGACAGGAACAGCGUAUACAUCAUAUACUGGAACGAUGACUUUAUCCGAUUCAUCAAUGACUGAAACACCAUCAGAUACUUCUAUUUACCCUACUUCAAGUGAUAUACAAUCAUCCAUGACUUCAGAUAGUUGGCAAUAUACUACUACUACUGCUACCGAUACUUUCUCAGCAACACCAACACCAAUGACUACUUCUACAGAAGCUACUCUUACCACAAUCGAAUCAUCCUCUUCUGAUGCAUUCACAUCCGCUACUGAUAUACCAUCAUCAUCAUUAUCAACAGAAGCAACUAUUAUGUCAUCUUCAGCAAUCACAUCUACUGAUCCAACAUCUCAAUCAGCAUCAUCUGCAGCAGCUUUAACAGCUACUACUUUUACCUCGGAUACAACAUCAUUUUCAAGUACUGCAUCAGAUACGCCCACAACAACUACAGAUGAACCUUCCUUCACAUCUACUUUAUAUUCAACGCGAAGUUUCUCUAUUACAUCAUCUACAGCCGUUCCAUCUCUUGUACUAGGUAGCAACGAAUGUGGUAGUGAUCCUCUUGCUGUCAAUGGCCGAUGUCCUGACAAUUACUUUUGCAAUGCUGCUCUCAAGACCUGUGUCGCUCUCAAAAACAAUGGUGAACAAUGUUAUGAAGAUUUCCAAUGUUUAUCUGAAUACUGUGGUAGUGGUAAUGUAUGUUCGGAUCCUCCUCAAAAUGAAUCUCCUGGUGCUCUUUCUGGUGGUCAAAUUGCUGGUAUAACACUUGGUUGUAUUGCAGGUGCAGUGAUUCUUAUGUUGGGAUUAAUUCGAUGGCAAAGACGAUCACGUCAAGUACAGAUGCGUGCAGCUCGAUUUAGGGAACAUGACUUUGAAGAAAACUUUAGCAACAAUAAUAAUAAUAACAUGGCAGGAUCUUCUACAGAUCUUAUUGGUGGACACAACAAACAAUCAGCCCGUCUUUCUAAAUUCAACUUUUUGGCUCAAGUAUUCCAUGGUUCAGAUGGUGCGACAUAUGGACAACGGGAAAUGACAUCAACAAGUGGACAAGCUAUGACAGUGGGUGCUCCAGCUAUGAUGAAUCAACACAGCAAUAAUAAUAGUGUUCAUGAUAUCGAUGAUGCUCAAUUCCAAUACCAAGGAGAAACUCAAGUGGAUGAUUCUCAAUUUUAUGGCAAUAUGGCAACAUCUUCCCCUCCUCCACCAUCUACAUCACCUUUACCACAACAACCUUAUGCCUCUGGUAUAUCAACGCAAGAUCCUUAUGCUGUUUAUCCUAACCCAUCUACUACUGAUCGAGUCGCAUCUGGCAUGACUAUGGAUUCUCAACCUUCAAUGCAUGCUCCUUUGUUGAAAAAUGAAAAGAUGUCAUCCACCUAUCAACCUCAAUUUGCAACUGAUCAUUCACAUGCUGUGCCUGGCGACAUAGUCACUGGUGAUUACAAUCCUUUUAGAACUAUUGAAAAUCCAAAUCAACCAAGUCCCACUUCCUCUGGAGGAUCUGGACAACAAAACAAAAACUACGGUUACUUUUAG